CCCUAGUAUGAAGUACACUGUUCACAGUCUCUGGUUCAGGGGACCAUCUUGGUUUCAUAUGCAAAAAAAAAUGUAGUCACGGUUUAUAGCGUCGGGGGAGGGGAGGCUAAGUAUGAAGAGGCCAGGUCAGGGUCCCUUAGAGGCACACAAAUAUGGUGGCCGAAUAUAAACAGACACAAUUGCCAUUGAUUUUGGCUAUCAUCAUCAUCAUCAUCAUCAUCAAUCUUUAUUUAUACACUAAAUCGUAUUAUUUUUACAUGGUCUUCCUAGGAAUCGUGUGUAAAAUUAGUCUAAAAUACUCUAAGGAACUACUUAACUGUAAAGUUAAAAAUACGAAAACGUAUUUUAUAAUAAGAGUUAUAAUGAGUCAUGGUGUAUUAAGAUAAUCUUUCCCUUGAAAUGAAGGUUUAAAAACAUUUUUUAAAACGAGACAGGUUGUUUCUAAUCUUUGAGGGAAUCUUGUUCCAAAGAACAGAUCCUCUAUAGUGUAGGCUCCCUUUUGCAGACUCAGGUUUGGGUCUGGGGACAUAAUAAUUUAACUCAGAAUUUUUAAGAUAUAUAGAGGUUAUUAGCCAUCAGCAGAGAAUUCAUAGACAUAGAAAUCAGUUCGCAGUAUUCCAGUUCAAGGGCUGCCAGUUAUGUGGCAAAUACUCAGGGGGUAAGCUAAUGUCUUUUACCAACAUGACAGCUUUUUUGCUGGCCAUUAUCAUGCUGUGUGACGAAAGAGCUGCAAAAAAUUCAAACGUGGUGUGUCACAAAAAGCUACCACAAUAUUGCACACAUGCCAUGGUCAUGAUUUGUCAUCUGAUCUGUUUUGUUUUGUUCCUUAUUUAGCUAUCUUGAGCGCCCUUGCUCCGAAGACCAAUCAUAUGUUCCACCAUACCGGAAAUAGGCAGAGCACCCCAAACUGCCCAGUCUUGUUAGUUGCAAACUUUAACCCAGGGACUGGUUCCCAAAGUUACUCAUCCAGCGGUAAAAAAUGCGACAGGGCUUCGCAUUAUAGGUUACCGUUCUUCUUGAAGGACAUGGGUCCAAGGUACAACGCUAUUUCGGUUGCUGCUCAUGAGGCCAGGCCUGGACACCAUACACAGGUAGAUUACUUGAUACUGUCAAUAGCUUCUUUAAUAUCAUAGGUGACGAAUUGCUCCUUAAUUUUGGCGCGAAAUUUCAGCGAUAAUUUGUAAUUUCACAUGUGAAAUUACAAAAUUGCCAUGGCAACCUUCCGUACGUCUCAGUGUCAAGAUGGCAACGAAAUUUCAAAAUGUCAUGAACGAAGAUGCCAGGGCAUAAAAAGACGCCUUAAAAAACCUGAACACACGAAAGAGCACAUCAAGAAGGAUUCUUACAGGUAUUUUGUUGAAAAAUUCUGAACUUAAGCCAAAUUUAAGCUCUAAACGUUCGAGAGAGGGAAGUUCUCGAUCGAUGCGAUCCAGGAUAAACAUGUCAAAAAUCCAAGAUUGCUAACGUAAUUCGUCACCCAUGAUAUUAAUAGGUAAUCAAAUGGUAUACUCGUGAAAUUAGGGAAUAAGUUCACUUGCGUUUUGUCCAAAUCCUAAUAAUUUCCCUCGCCUUAGGACAAAACGCGCGUGAAAUUAUUCCCUAAUUUCACUCGUCACCAUUUGAUUACUAAUUUCUGUUGCUGGUGACUAUCUUAGUCCUCAUGCUGUGUUUUUGAGCAGAUAUUUUUGUUUCUCAGAUAGGUGCUCGCUGAAACAAAGUGUAGUAGCCUUAUGAACUAGCGAGCGUAGGGAAAUUUUUUGGCGUAAUUUUGCAACAGUUGUUGCAGGAUGUUUCCUGGCCUACUGUAGAACGCUCCGCGCAGUGUUGUAGGUAACUUUUCACUUUGUCUUCCUGCAUAUUAAAUGGGUCUUUUUCCAGAAUGCUGUAUAUGUAUCUCAUGGGUUUUAUGCCCGAACAAGCGAGCUCUAAAGUUAAUCUCGUUUCUUGAAGCCAAGAGAACUUAACACGCCGUUGCUAAUGUCUUGAUAACGCGUACUACUAUGGUCAUGCAUGAAUUCAUUACCAAGUUGUCCAAGAACAUAAGACACAAUUUUCAAUCUUCCUCAAGUCACAUUUUAAAGAAACAACGACAACAACAAAUGCGGAGUCUUUUAGCCACUCUGAGUGAAAGAUGUCGCUGGCAACGUUAGCCCAAUGUUGCACCGUGUGUUGUUCAAGGCUUACAAAAUAAAAAAAGGAAAGCAAAUGAAUGAAAAAUAACAGGUAAAAAGAUUUUGUUGAUGAAAUGAGAAUGCUUAGAGACAGGUACCUUCUACCGGCACACAAUUUAAACUAUUCGAGGCGGUAGAAGUUGUUGGCUUAAACAAAAUAUGAUAAAUGUAUAUGUAAAAGAACGCUGGCAAUAUUAAUAAAUACAUUAACUACCUGUAGUAACAUCAUUAAUGAGUACAUCGGUUUUUGUGCUUACGUAAUAGGUUCAAGGUUUUCGUGAACUAUUUGGCGACGACUGCAAGGGAGUAAUAAGCUGGCUUAAUAGUGCCUCAUACUACACUGCGUUUACAGAAGGCUGGGCGUUAUACGCCGAGAAUCCGCUGAUUGCCGAAGAGACGGACACUUACGAUAACGACCCUCUUCAGUUGUACGGCAUGCUCAAAUGGCAAGUAUGGCGGGCACUGCGUCUUAUGAUGGACACCGGCCUCCAUUUCAGAGGUUUGUUGGUAUAUAUACGGUCGCUAUUAAACUUCUGCUGAUUAAAUACGUGGCAAGGUUACGCAAUUUGUUUUAAAAGGUGUUUUUAAGUUUCUCUCAACAGACUCGCUAUUCAGUGAAGCCUAUUCAUCUGACUUAGAACAGUGUCCUGUUUUUAGAGGCCUCUUUUCCCUGGUAUUCGGCAGGCGGGAGGAAAAGAGACCGCCCGCCGAAUACCAGGGAAAAGAGGCCUCUGCCAGCAGGGAAUUAGAACAUUAAGGUAGGGGGUGCCACAUCCCUAAUCAAGACGUUUUUCCUUUUAAAGGAGCUUUACGUCUGAUUGUUGUCGCCAUUUUUUGCAAACUUAAGUGAGAGUAACUGAAAUCUAUUAUUAUUGUAACACAAUAAGAAGCUAUGGCGAGGUACAACUUGCACCUAAGAGUUUUAAUUUUGCCAGCCAAGUACAACUUGUCUGAUGUGUAGCUCAGAUUGAAUCAGGGAGAAAAUUUUUUAAUAGUCAUUUUCUAGCAGAGAACACAGGUUUUUUAAAUGAAUGUACAGUCGAAAAUUCCCGUCAGCAACCAGCGAAAAUGUGAAGAUUUAGUGGUCGCUUCCGAGAAUCAAAACACCGUGCUCUCUUUCGAGAAGAUGCCCUGGUACAUCUUUUUGGUAAAGAAUUUAUUACAUGCAAUUUCUAAGUAACGAUAUGAGUAGUUCCAUGAUGCACCGAGACUAAUUCGCAUACCCUUCGCCUAGAGGUGAUCGCUUAAGAGAGGUUCCAACUACAGGGCUUUCAGAGGUGGUCGCGGAUAAAACCACUGCAUGUAUACGGACUUCCGAAACAUCUCACCUGAUUCUUUUGCAGGAAUGAAACGAUGGCAAGCACUGAAGCUGUUUGCCGAUAAGGCCUGGGACAAAACAGACAAAGCCGUUAAAGACGUCACACGGUAUCAGAGUGUCCCGGGCCAGGCCACGGCAUACAUGAUUGGUCAACUGAAAAUCUGGUCAAUAAGGAACGAUACGAGAAAGGCCGUCGAAGAAGCGGGAAAAACGUUUAACGAGAAAGAUUUCCACUACCAAGUUUUAUCUCAGGGUUCUUCACCACUCAGUUACCUCGAGAGUCACAUGAAGAAGUUUGCUGCUUGUGUUAUAGAUCCGGAUGCUGACGGUUGUGAGUAUGUCAUUGGUCCUCCUAUGAAGCAGACCUCUGACGUCAUGGUUAGCGUUGACAACAAACCUGUGAAGCCGUAUCAACCCCGCCCUUAUGAUGAACACUAUGACUAGAUGGAUUGGUAUGUACGUUGUUGUAGGAUACACAUGAUUUAAUAUAAAAUAGAUUUAUCAUUAAUUAAUAAUUAUUUGGUCAAUACCAAUAUCAAACGCCAUAGAACAGACGAGAAUCGAACAAACGAGGCGAUUCUAGGCGGUAAUUAGAUAUAUAUUGACUCCAGACUUGAACACAUUUUUCAAAACAAAUUCUGUACGUUUCAGAGACUGGUUGGCUUAAGUUUUCUUUCUUCUUGUAAGAUUUUAUAUCGAUUGUUAACUCUAAAGAAUACAUAAGUGCAGAGCAGAAAGCAUCUCAAAUUUUUGCAUUAAUAGAUAUCGCGAUUUUUGAAUGCUUUUUCUGCGAUGACAUGACUUUUUCGUUUAUAGGAAACCUCGAUGAUUACGUUGAUUCUAGCUGUGGUAAAUCAAAUGAGCUGUAGAUGUACUCCCUGUUUCUAAUAAAUUAAACAUCUGCGAUAUCAGCAUUUGAUUUGAUUGUUUCAUUCGAACUACCCUUGAAAACUACUCGCUGUCCAGCCUUGUAUAUGGUAUGAGUGGCACGUUUUGUUUCUGUUAUUACUAUUU